CAUAUAGUGCCUCCAAACCGACAGGAGAUCAUAUGGUUUGGGAAGCAGCUUGUGCUAAACUGGAAAAAACGUUAUUUCAGAACAAGCAUGCGGAGGAGAACGUAGCAUCUUUGCUGACUGAUUUCUACACAAUAUUCUGUAUGCACUUGUUAGCAGAGAGUGAGGAAGAGGAUGACAAUGAAAUGGAAGUCGAAGAUCAAGAUAGUAAAGAAGCUGAAAAGCCAAACAUCAUUAAUUUUGAUACCAGUUUGCCAACAUCACAUGUGUAUUUAGGCUCUGAUAUGGAAGAGUUUCAUGGAAGAACGGUGCACGAUGAUGACAGCUGUCAGGUGAUUCCAGUGUUGCCGCACGUGAUGGUGAUGUUGAUUCCUGGACAGACGCUACCUCUUCAGCUUUUUCGCCCUCAAGAGGUUAGCAUGGUGCGGAAUUUAAUUCAGAAAGACAGAACGUUUGCUGUUCUUGCAUACAGUAACGUACGUGAAAGGGAAGCACAAUUUGGAACAACAGCAGAGAUUUAUGCCUACAGAGAAGAGCAGGAAUAUGGAAUUGAAACGGUCAAAGUGAAAGCAAUAGGAAGACAGAGGUUCAAGGUGCUUGAAAUAAGAACUCAGUCAGAUGGAAUCCAACAGGCUAAAGUACAAAUCCUUCCUGAGCGAGUGCUGCCUUCAACAAUGUCAGCAGUACAGCUGCAGUCUCUCAGCCGAUGCCAUAUAUUUCCUUGUUCGAAACCUACAGCGUGGCAGGACCGAGCUAUACAUCAGUGGUGGCAGAAAUAUCAAAAG